AUGGAGCCGGUGUGCGGCGGGUGUCCGGGCAGGGCGACCGGUUGUCUCCUCCACGCCAUGGAGCCCGGCGGCUGCUCCCCCCCGCCCGCGCCGCCGCCCGCCGCCCGCUCGCGCCGCCCGUACUCGUGGCCACACACCAGACACUCGAUGUACGGACUCUCCUGUAACUCAAACCGAUCAGUGAACGACUCGCUCUAUACUCUCCCUAUCACAGGUGACGUCUAG